CUCGCCCUCCAGGACCAGGAAGCGCAUUUCACCAGAAACGAAACUGAACUUUUGCGGUAGACUGUGCAGGUUGUGGACACGUUCGUGAGUAGCUGUGGGAAAAUGGCAGAGGUGAUAUCAACUAAACAAGACCUUUUUAUGUGCUCCAUUUGCUUGGAUCUACUGAAAGAUCCAGUGACUCUCAGCUGUGGACACAACUACUGUUCGGGCUGCAUUAACGGCUGUUGGGAUCAGGAAGAUCAGAAGGGAGUCUACAGCUGUCCCCAGUGUAGAAAGACUUUCACUACGAGGCCGGUUUUGAACAAAAACAAUGUUAUUGCUGAACUUGUGGAAGAAAUGAGGAAGACAAGACCUACAAAUAUUCAGUCUGAUGCUACCGCUGACCAUGGAGAUGUGGAGUGUGAUAUCUGCUCCGAGGGAAAACUGAAGGCUCUGAAGUCCUGUCUUGAUUGUCUGUUGUCUUAUUGUGAAACUCACUACAAGGCUCAUAAUGACCUUAACCCAGGUAGAAAUCACUCGAUAAUCGACGCCACUGGACAGCUACAGGAAAGGGUUUGCUCCCUUCAUAAGAAAGCUCUUGACAUAUUUUGUUGUGCUGAUCAGAGUUGUAUUUGUUAUUUUUGCCUGAUGGAGGAGCAUAAAGGCCAUGACACUGUCUCUGUUGCAACAGAGUGGAGCAAUAAAAAGGAAGGAUUGGGUGAGAUCCAGACGAGAUGCCAGCAGACAAUCCAGAAGAGAGAGAAGGAGGUUCAGGAGCUGAGGAGAGCAGUUGACACUCUGAAGAGCUCAGCACAGUCUGCAGUGGAACACAGUGACCAGAUGUUUGAUGACAUCAUUCGCUCUGUUGAGAGAAGGCGCUCUGAGGUGACAGAGCUGAUCAGAGCUCAGGAGAAGGCUGAGGUGAGUCGAGCUGAAGGACUUCUGAAACAGCUGGAGCAGGAGAUCUCUGAGCUGAAGAAGAGAGUUGCUGAGAUGGAGCAGCUUUCACACACACAGGAUCCCAUACAUUUCCUCAAGAAUGUAGGGUCCAUCUCUGAUAUUCCUGCCAGUACAAUUCCAGCCAACAUGGUCCUCAGCCACCCUUACCUCUCCUUUGAGCCGGUGAAAACAUCUGUCUCUGAACUGAAGACGCAGCUGGAGGAGAAAUUAGACUCAGUCUUCAAACAGGAAGCAGCCAAAAUAUCUGCAGCAGAUUGCUGUCAGUUCACACUGGAUCCAAACACUGCAAAAAGAAAUCUCCAUCUGUCUGAGGGGAACAGGAGGGUGGAGAGGAGAGAUGAUGCCCCCCAGUCAUAUCCAGAUCAUCCAGAGAGAUUUGAUGACAGGUGGCCGCAGGUGUUGUGUAGAGAGGGUGUGUCUGGACGCUGCUACUGGGAAGUUGAGUGGAGUGGUGACUUGGUUAAUAUAGCUGUGGCAUAUAAAACCAUCAGCAGAAAAGGAAACUAUGAUGAAAGCUGGUUUGGAAAGAAUAAGAAGUCCUGGAGACUUACUGUCAUACCAACACUUACACAGUUCAGCCACAAUAAUAAUCACCGUAAACUCCCUCUAGUGGCCAGCUCCAGAGUAGGAGUGUAUGUGGACCACAGGGCAGGGACUCUGGCCUUCUACAGCAUCUCUGACACCAUGAUGACACUCCUGCACAAAGUCCAGACCACAUUCUCUCACACACUCUACCCUGGGUUUGGGUUACAAAAUGGAUCAUCAGUGAAGCUCUUGUGACUCACAUGCAUGUAGCACAUCUGGACUCUGUGGAUCCAUGUGUGUUAUUACAUGCACAUGACAUCACAUCUCAUCGCCACACAUUAGGGCCGGGUGGCAUGGCAAGAUUUUGAUCAUGAGACUUUUUUCCUGUUUUGAUGAUAAAGAUUUUAUUCAUUAUUAGACAAGAAAUGAGUCACACAUUCACGUACGUGAAAAUAUGUCCCUGUAAUUAAAAAUCUAAGCAGAUGCAAAAUGAAUGCUGAAGUUUAAGACUCUGUGGAGGUUGAGCAUCACAACAGCAGAUGGGUCGUCAGGCACCACAAAAUACACCUUCUUCAAAUCACCUCGGUAAGCACGUUUUUCAUUUUUUUGUUUGUUUGUUUUGCUUUGUUUUUGUUGUUGUUGAUUUUGUUGAUUUCUUACAUUGCCAUCAUGCAGCUGGUCGGCUUGUGCAAUCUGUGUACCUGUAGAUGACAUUUAAAUAAUUUAAUCAUUUAAACCGUUUCUUUUAGCAGGUGUGUAGUAAUGUGUGUUUUGUAUUACUGCACACUCCACAUGCAGAAUUACAGCAAGAUAUUUUGUUUGAAAUAAUUCUAUUAUCCUACAUUUAAGCAAUUUCAGGAGAUGAAAAAAAGUUUCUUUUGGUUGGGAGAACAUUGCCUUUUUGAAAGCUGACAUGCAGAGUGUUGAUAUGUGUUCAAUGUUACUGUUUGUUUUUUGAAGGAUUGAACCUUUUCUAUUUUCUCAUGGAAGUUAAUAGCCUUUUUCAUUUUAAAAUGUAUCAUUUACUGUUAAUCUGUUUACUGUUUACGUUUUGUUGACU